UCAGACCAUCAUGGCGUCUCCCAGUGGGAAGGGAUCCUGGACGCCCGAGGCUCCUGGCUUCGGGCCGCGGGCGCUAGCUCGGGACCUGGUGGACUCGGUGGACGACGCCGAGGGAUUGUACGUGGCGGUCGAGCGGUGUCCGCUGUGCAACACCACUCGCCGGCGGUUGACUUGCGCCAAGUGCGUCCAGAGCGGUGAUUUCGUCUAUUUCGACGGCCGCGACAGGGAGAGGUUUAUUGACAAGAAGGAAAGGCUAAGCCAGCUUAAGAGCAAGCAAGAAGAAUUUCAGAAAGAAGUACUAAAAGCGAUGGAAGGAAAACGGCUAACAGAUCAGUUGAGAUGGAAAAUCAUGUCGUGCAAGAUGAGGAUUGAACAGCUGAGACAAACAAUCUGUAAAGGAAAUGAAGAAAUGAAGAAAAAUUCUGAAGGCCUUCUCAAAAACAAGGAAAAGAACCAGAAGCUUUACAGCCGAGCACAGCGGCACCAAGAGAAGAAGGAGAAGAUUCAGCGGCACAACCGCAAGCUGGGGGACCUGGUGGAGAAGAAAACCAUUGACUUGAAGGAUCAUUACGACGGGCUGGCGCGUCUGCGAAGGUCCCACAUCCUAGAGCUCACCUCCAUCAUCUUCCCAAUGGACGAAGUGAAGACUUCUGUGAGAGAUCCUGCAGACGUGUCUUCAGAGAGUGACAGUGCCAUGACCUCCAGCAUGGUGAGCAAGCUUGCUGAGGCCCGGAGGACAACUUACCUGUCCGGAAGAUGGGUCUGUGAUGACCACAAUGGUGACACCAGUAUUAGCAUUACAGGCCCUUGGAUUAGCCUCCCAAACAACGGGGACUACUCUGCCUACUACAAUUGGGUAGAAGAGAAGAAGACAACCCAAGGGCCUGACAUGGAGCAUAACAACCCUGCCUACACCAUCAGUGCUGCGCUGGGCUAUGCUACUCAGCUGGUCAACAUCGUCUCUCACAUACUGGAUGUCAAUCUGCCCAAAAAACUGUGCAACAGUGAGUUCUGUGGGGAAAACCUCAGCAAACAGAAACUGACUCGUGCGGUGAAGAGACUGAACGCAAACAUCCUCUACCUUUGUUCCUCUCAGCAUGUGAAUUUGGAUCAGUUACAACCACUGCAUACCCUCAGGAACUUAAUGCAUCUGGUCAGCCCACACUCGGAGCACCUAGGCAGGUCAGGACCCUUUGAAGUGCGAGCAGACCUGGAGGAGUCCAUGGAAUUUGUGGACCCUGGAGCUGCUGGAGAAUCAGAUGUGAGUGGAGACGAGCGUGUAAGCGAUGAGGAGACUGACUUGGGCACAGACUGGGAGAACCUGCCGAGCCCCCGAUUCUGUGACAUCCCUUCCCAGCCAGUGGAAGUUUCCCAGAGCCAGAGCACCCAGGCAUCUCCACCCAUAGCCAGCAGCAGUGCUGGUGGGAUGAUCUCGUCGGCCGCGGCCUCAGUGACCUCCUGGUUCAAAGCAUAUACUGGACACCGCUAAUGAGAGUGGACCAGGACACGUGAAAUCUUUCCCACUGCACUCUAAUAACCUUGUCUUCGUAGUUAUCAGAGGGGCUAACCUAGCGUUAGGACAAGCACAUGUGCCUGUCAGGUGGCCUGUGAUGGUGAUUGACGUGCUCAGGACCUCUGCCAGCCCUGAGCUUGUGGCCUCCUGGCCCCUGGUCUUAGCUCCUUCGACCCCACAGUGUGCUGGUUCCUGGGAUGCCGAGUCUUCCCGACACUAAGUUCUAGACUUUGUCAGAUCACAAGGAAGUGUUUCUUGGUGGUGAGGAAUGGAAGACAAAAGCUGAGUUUGUUUUUUCUGUCAUCUUUUUGAGAGACUUGCCAGCCACAGCUUUGGUCUUAUGGGGGAGGCAGUCGUCUGGGGAGGGGAGGUGGUGGUGAAAGCUUUUUGCUAUCGUUGUCGUCAUCAUGCAUCACAUUCCUGAUUUUCUACCACACACCAAAGAAACCGCGGUCUUUAGUCCACAGACCCACAUCAUGGUUGGGGGAGUCCUAGCUGUGAUGUUUGGAGAUGUCCAGACAGUUUCCUUGUAUUCUGAGGGGAAAUGGGUUCAUUCUUGUGUAAGUCAUUGGAGUUCUCUGUACUAUACUCAUUUUAAAGUGGUACUUUUUCCCUUUAUCAUUCCCUAUAUGAGCUAAAUGCUGCCUGGGCACAGAUUGAACACUUGAUUAAGUGGUCAUUCUCUUGCUGUCCAGUUUCUUGGUGGGGAGGUGUUCCGGGGAAACCCCUCCUGCUUGUUCCGGGUGUCUCCUUGGCUCUGGAGGCAGCACCUUGUGCAGAGUGUGGAGCACCGUGCAGCAGUCCCAGGAAGUGCUCAAGGAAUUUCCUCCAAGAGACCAUUUUAAUGACAAUCUUACAGAAAACUAUAACGAGAGGCAUUAUGUUCAAAUUUGUAAGUAGUUCUUUCUUAUUUCUAAUAACUUCAAAAAAGAAAGAAGGCCUAUGUAACAGACCACAGAAGUCCUGUGAAAAGCGCCCUUCAAGGCGGCGGCUGUACCUUCCUAGUGUGCCUGGUGCCAUGGUAUGUACCUCAGGCAAGUCCUUCAGCAGUUUGCUGCCCCCUAGCUUCUGUUCACCGUUAUGGUUGAUACUUUGCAGACUUAGGUGCUAUAGAGCUCUUGCUAUUGGUAGACUUGUAGAAAGGAUUGUAUUCCUACCAGGAGCCCCAGGGUCUCCCACUCUACAUCUCCACCUGGGGAGGAGAUGGCUUCCCUCUUGCAGGCGUUUAUUUGACGGAAGUCUGUCCUGCUCAGCUUCAUAAUUGUUGGGCUUGCAUUUUGCCCUCUACUUCUAGAAUUUGUAGACUGAGUCUGGUAGAAUGAACAGAUACCAGCUGAAAAAGAAACCAUGAGCUUGAGAGGAAGCUUCAGAAAGUGCAGACGCCACGAACUCCUGUCUACAGCGGUUAACAAAGCAGAAGCAGGAAGUAUAGGGUUGAUGGUAUUUUGUUUUUAGUAUCAAAUGGAGGCACUUUGGUCACUUUACGUCACAGGAAAUGAUUGCACUAGGCUGCUGAAAUCCUUUGAGUUUCAUUAUUUUGCACUGGAUCCACCUGUUGUAAAUAUUCUUAAAUACACAUUUCAACCACUGUUUUCCCCCGUACUCUUUGCUGCUUAUAAAACCUCCCAUGUAGGUGCAAGAACCAUAUGUAAACAGCUUUCUGAAGAAAUGGAGCUGGUAUUUUUUUAAACCAAAAGCCAUAGAAGUUGGUCAUGUUUUCCAUUUUAAAAUGAUUUAUCGAAACAAGGUAAUACUAAUAGAAACUCAGAGUACCGCGUAGGCUGCUUAAAUGGUCUUAUAAAAGACGUUUUUAUGUAAUUGAAUAGAACCAAGGAAAGUUUGCCACCUGUGUGACUUACUGGAGAGACAGUAAGUCACCGUGGUAUGGACAGUACUGGGCGAGGAGUCGGGGUGCUCUGGAAGGAGUUGAGCAUCAGAACCCCUCGCUGCAUCUGAGACUUCCACAUCAGGGUGGGUCACACAGAUGUCCUCUCAACUUUUACUGUAUUACUGCAAUAAAUCCUUUAACAGCA